CGGACCUGCGUGAGCCGCGUCACGUUAUUCCGCUCAUCUUUAUAUUUAGAUCCACAGAACGCAGCCCGAGGAGCCGGCGAGCCUCCCCCCGGGGAAACGGGCAGGACCGCGGCGUGUUCAGGGCAGAGUAACGGGGCCACACUCCCACUCCCGGGGCCGUGACUCUUCUUCUGUUUUCCUCUCUUCUUCCUCCCACGGUCACAGUUUUGGAUUUUACGCGUAACGUUCAGGCUCCGUGUCCAAAGAAAAACGAAGGCGCAUGAGGAAGUCUAUUGUGUCUGCGUCCCACGGCUCCACGGCCCCACGGCCCCACGGCGCUUGAAUCUCACAUUUUAGAAUCUUUUAACAAAUAAAUAAAUGUUUCGUGAUGGAGUUUGGGCUCUGAUCUUGAUCUAGGACAGCCGCAUUUACGGAGAUUUCACGCUAUCAGUGAUGGUCAUUGGCCCAGAGCAGUAGCUGAGGAUGUCCACAGACUCGGAGAGCUCCAUAGACUGGCUGGAGUCUGAGCAUGAGGAGGAAGAGGAGGGCGGCGAGGAAGAGGAGCGGGGCAGGAGAGGGCAGGCGGGCGCCACCACCACCACGACCAUCACCACCGCCGCCGCCGCCGCCUCCUCGCCGGGGGGACUGGCAUCGCCCGGCGCCGCCCACAAAACCCUGAAGAGGCAACACAGCGGCCAGACGCACCACCUGCCCCCGAGCACGUCACAGACCACACAGAGCUUCAGCCAGAAGUGCUCGGAGCUGCAGUGUUACAUCCAGCCUCUGUCCCUGAUCCUGAACGGACUCCGAUCGGGACGAUACAGAGAGAGACUCAGCACGUUCCAGGAGAGCGUGGCCAUGGACCGAAUACAGAGGAUCAUGGGAGUUUUACAGAACCCCUGUUUAGGGGAUAAAUACAUAAACAUUAUUCUGAAAAUGGAGGAGAUGCUGAAGAGCUGGUUUCCUCAAGUCAAACUUCCACAACAGCCUCCCCCCGCCGAGACGGACGAGCCUGUGCCCUCCAAGAAGACGAAGCUGUGCUCCUCUCAGCCCGUGGGCCCCUUCACGUACACGGAGCCCGAGCCGGGGCCCAAGCCUCUGCGCGUGACGGACCUGACUCCCCCCGGGGCCUACUCCGCCUCCAACGUCAAGUGGCUCCACACGUCCCCCAUCUGCUCCCCCAGCGCCGAGCAGAGCCAGCCCAAAGACCGGGACCUCACCCAGGACAGCGCGGUCUCCUCCAGCACGGACUCCCUCACUAAGACUGAGCCCAGGCCCCGGGGCCCCCCCCCGCCGGGGAAGAUCCGCGCCCCGUGUUUGGAAAAGCUCCUGAAGUCCACGGAGAGCCUCAUCACGCACAGAAUGGACAGCUCCUCCUCGUAGUCCAGGUUCUCCGCGGUCCAGGCCUGUCACGAAAACAGAUUUUAAAGCGUCAUCGCAGACUGUUUAUAGAAACGGACAAAGCCGCCGCGUUCCGAGCAGGAAGUGAGCGUGGGCGCGCUUCCGGCUCCAUCGACUCUGGCUCCAAAAACGAAACAAAACCGGAAAAAAACGUCGCAUUUCUCUUGUUUAACUUCUCUUUCGGAGGUUCUGUCAAACGCUUUUCUCCGUGGAAUGUCUCACAGUAUGGCAUUAAACCUUCCUGUCUUCACGGAGACCAAACCAGACAGAGUUACAGGUCAGAUCUGUGGAGAGGCGACCCCGUUCACAGCCAGAAUGUUUGUUUUUCUAGGUAUUUUUAAGCUAUAAACCCACCUGUGAUUGAAUAAAUGUAAAGUAGAGCUGUUUAAAGUCACACUGUGGGACAUUCCAAGCAGAGCAGUGACAUAUCCAUAGCAACAAGAAGGUGACGGACCUCCAAACGAAAAGUUACACAAUGCAGCUUUAACACCAAGGCCAGCAGAUCAAAAACAAAAGGCCUAGAAAAACUGAAAAUAACUCAAAAUCUGAUUUAAUACUCAUAUUUAUAUCAAGUUUGAGAUAAUUUUAGAUCCCAAAAAAACAAAAUUAUGAUUUAAUUGAUGUAAUACAAUCAAUAUUUUAACAUUUUUUUGGCUGACAUGUCCAAACGUCACCACUGUUUGGCCGAAUAUUUGUGUUUUUCUCUGCUGUGGGACUUUCCAAGCAGAGAAAUGAUGUAUCCAGAGAAACAAAAUUGUGAAGGAGCCUCAACAGAAAAGUUUGGGUUUUAUUUCACAAUUUUGUCCAUAAAUCAACUCUGAUUCCUAAUACAGAGCUCCAAAUUUGCUCCUAUAACUACAGCUAGAAUCUGUGUGUCAUUUGUUCAUUCGUUUUCAAAAUAAAACCAAAAAUAAGAAAAAGAAAAGAACAACAAUUUUCUUCAUUAUUUGUCUCCAAAACCAAAAUGAAAAAACAGAUAAAGAUUUGUUUUUCAGAGUUCGAUUUUGUUUCCGCGACUUAAACUGCAAUGCGGGAGUAAACCAGGACUGAACCAGGUCUAAACCAGGUCUAAACCAGGUCUAAACUGGGACUAAACCAGGUCUAAACCAGGAACACACCUCUGGGCCUGUCCCGACACUCAGUCCUGGUUCAGUUCUGGUUUAGUUCUGUUUUAGUUCUAGUUCAGUCCGGGUUUAGUCCUCCUGAUUCAGUCCUGGGAUCGGUCCUCGUUUAGACCUGGUUUAGUCCUGGUUCAGUCCGUAAGAGUCAGAAUUAGAUGAAACGGGAAACACAAAAUCGAAAACUGAAAAACGAUUACCCUUCUUUUCAUUUUGGUUUUGGAGACAAAUAAUAAAGAAAAUAGCUGUUCUUUUGUUUUCUUAAUUUUGCUUUUAUUUUGAAAAGCGAAUGAACGGUACAUGGAUUCUCCGGCCUCGAUGAGCUUCAUUUGACUGGAGCCGAACGCCGCGGUUGACGUCACACUCCGUCUGUCCGCUUCUCUACUCAGUCUGUGGUCGCCGUGGUGAUUCUCGUGACAGGCCUAUCGUGAUCCCGUCCGGACCACUCAGUUUCGUCAUUCCAGCCUGAGGGGGGGCGCCGGCGAGCGGGGCGAAAACGCAAGAACGCACGCCGACGACCGAGGAGUUCACAGACUUUUUAAAACGAACUUGGGUUUUCCGAACGAAGAGAAAAGCUGCGCUCCGUCGGUUUUUGCCCCCCCCCCCCCGUCUGCUUCCGCCCUCUGCUGUGCACCUGUCUGUAUUUUUGUUUGCACUCUGGAGUAGCGCGUGUGAAAAGGCAGCGGUCGCCGGGUUCGUGCGUUUUAACCCGGAAACAGAAAUGCGAGGUGCGAGGCUCGGACCCGCUCAAAGGGAAAACUUCUGUGAGUUUGAAGGGAUGGUGUCGGAUCCUGGAGUCGAGCUGCACAAUCGGAUUUAAAAAAUGACGCUUCGUAAUUGAUAAAUUUGCAGUGACGUCACGCUGGGGGUGUCCUACGUGUAGCUCGUGUCUCUGGCGGAAUGUUUUUGCAGUUACUGUAGUGACAGAAACAACGGAUUUAUAAUAAAAACUGGAUAAGCCACUCCUCCUCUGCCUCUAGUGGCCACUCCAGGUACUGCAACUCCCGGGAGCUUAGACGCAAAACGAAUUCUCCCAAAGAGCGCAAAACAUUUUUUGGGAAUCUAGAUGUUCCUAUUUACCCGGGACAGUCCUAGUUUUGAGUCUUGUGUCCCCUGUAUGGAAGAUAAUUUGUUUCAUCAGAUUUUGAAUUUUAAAUGCCGUUGAAUUUCUCCCUUUGAAUGUAUUCAUUCUGAAAAACACAUUUUUGAAUUAAUUUUAUUCUGAAUUUUAGUUGCUGAAAUUUUAAGUGUACAUUUUCAGAGUGUUUGGAUUUUGACUGUUAAAUACGAGGGCUUGAAUAUAUUUGUGCUGAAUAUUUAAAAGGUGAAAGUUUUAUUUUGAAUUUUAGAAUAUAAAAAUUCGCAGGAAAGAUCCAAGAUGCCAAGGUCGAAGCAAUCGAUCCAAAGUGAUCCAAUCCAAUUUAGUAACAUGCGGGAAAUGGUGCAGUGAACCAGUUUGAUUGGUCAGAAUUAGCCUCAUCAAAACCUCAUCUCUUUUAUUUAUUUAAGUGUAAACCCCGCCCACAGAUGAGAACGGCCAAUAGGAAAUAACCUCUGUCCUUCUCAAUCACAUAUGAUCGAUUGCUUCUGCCUUGGCGUAUUGGAUAUUUGUUGUGAAAUUUUUCAGUGCGAAUUUUACACUCUGAAUUAUAACAUUUGAAUUUGAGGGCUUGAAAAUAUCUGUGCUGAAUACUUAAAAUGUGAAAUUUUUAUUGUGAAUUUGAAAUAUGGAUGGAUGAAAAAGUAUACUGAAAAUUUCAACAACUAAAAUUCAGAAUGAAAAUAAUUGCAAAGUGAUAAAAUUCAGCGGUAUUUAAAAUUCAAAAUCUGACAAAUUAUCUUCCAAUACCUCUGUCCCUGCAAAACCAUCAAUUUGUCUCAGUUUUAUACAAGAAAUGUCCCAAGUGUCUCUAUUUUUGACCCCUGAAAACAGUAAAGAGACGCAUAAACUGACAUUUAGUUGUGAAAAUUACAGAAAAGCUGCUUAAAAACGACCAAAACCCAAACAAAAUCUGACUAUACUGACUCGUGUUCGUUUGGAAUAAGUCACGAAUGAGCCGAGUGCAGAAAAAUUCUCCUUAAUUACACACUCGUUUCACAAUUGAUUUAUCACCAACCGCCACAAACCGAGAGCGUCCCAGUUGAAAUCUGGUCACCCAAGGCAUCCGGCUUUCACAACCCUCGGAGUUUGUAGGAUUCUUGUCUGUUUUCACGACAUAAACUUUUUAAAAAUACUCCUAAAAGUGAUCUUGGUAAGACUUUCUCGCUCUGGCUCUGGUCGGUUCUAUUCACGCUUACAUCACGAACCAAGAAGACGUUUGGGAACAUGCGACGACGACUUCCUUUUGGGCUCUGGUUGCGGUAGAAAGUCUGACAAAAUCUACAAAAAAUUGGAAAAUAUCAAAGUUUUCUUCAUCUCCACAUCAGCCCAGUGUCAGGAACGGCCAAGCCCAAGUUAUUUUUUUAAGUCAACUGAAGGAUUUUGAGCUGAGACAAAGUUCAUGAUUGAAAAAUACGUAAAAAUCGCUGCAAAAUCUGACAGUUUUUGAAAGUUGUAGGUGUCCUGUCAGCCGAACACGAGCUCCAGUGAGAGAGUCCACCGUCCAACUCAAGACAAAUACAAACAGAAAGACACUAAUCAAUUAUUUUAACAAAUCCAUGGUAUGAAGUUGUCAUCGCAUGUUUCCAAAUGUCUUCUUGGUUUAUGAUAGAGCUGGAGAUCAUUACGCAGUUGUCGAUACGAUACAUACCUCGAUACAGUGAGCUUUCGAUUCGAUACGAUAUAUUUACAAUCGAUUCGAUACAGUUCAGUAAAAAUAAAGGCUAAAUCGUGGCUGUGACAGUAGAAAUCUUUGUUAAACCACUUCUUGUGCAAAGUUAAUCCUCAAAAUAGUGAAAAUGUCAAAUGUGUCACAUAAAAUAGUUUUCUCCUUCUAAACAAACAACAAAACUGCAGCUCUGUAACAAAAUAAUUGAGUAAAAUACACCAAAAAAUACUUUUGGUGAUGUAUCCAUACAGCAGCCCACGAUAUCAUCACAUUAAACGAUUUAUCGAUAUUUCAAUAUUUUUGCACACUUCUAGUUUAUGAUGUAAGCGUGAAUCGAGCCUAACGCUCCACGCCGUGCAGUCUGACAAAAUCUGUGAAAAAUGAGAAAAUAUCCUAGUUUUUUUCAUCUCCGUGUCAUUGUAUCGUUCCAUUAUGUUCGGAGAAUCAACAAUUACAACCAUACCUCAUUUUUUUUCAUCAUUUCCCCACUGACACACACUGGGUUCAUGCGAUUAGAAGAGACGAGAUGAUUCCAAACAGCACAUACGUCUGCGGUCUUCAUUUUACCGCUGAUCACAUUUACUCCAGCGGGUUUGAUCGUAGUCGGUCGGGAACUACACCGGAAGUUGCCAUCGCAAGUUUCCAAACGUCUUCCUGGUUUGUGACGCAAGCGUGAAUAGAACCGAUGGGUCAAAACACUUUUAUUUUUGGGUCCGUGAGCGCAGUUCACUGAAAACAACACUACGCCAUCUUGAGUUCAGCUGCAGAUUUUGUUGUAGUUCUGUGGACACGAUGCCACUUUAGCCGAAAAGGUUUGAAGAUCGUCUGAAAACUCAAAAUGGAUUAAGAGUUUAAUUCUCAACAAAAGCGUAAGAGCGAAAAAAAACUGUGACUAAUGUUGUUCGAGAGGGACUUGACUCCCUCUGUUUCUUUUCCUCUCUCUUCUCUCUUUGCAUCCCUUUCUCUACUUUCCUCUCUUCCCCUGCUUUUCCAUUUGUGUUCUUUCCAUUUCAACCUUUCUCUCAUUCUCAUUUUCUCUCUCUCUGUCAUUGUUUCUCUUUUUUUUUUAAUAUAAAGAUCUUAUAUUCUCGUUCUCUCUCUCCAUCUCACUCCCUGUGUCUCUUUCCUUUUCUCCUUUUUUUUUCUGCCUCUCCAUCCUCCUUUCUCUUUGCAUCCCUCCAUUCCCCUUUUCUCAUUUUCUCUCUCUUUCUCGUUGUUUCUCUAGAUCUUUUUUUUUAGAUAUAACGAUCUUGAUUGUAUAAAAAUCCUCUUUUUCUGGUCGGUUUCUGCGUUAAAACAAAGAAACAAAGCUCUGAUUUCAGUCUAACAAAGCCUCAGACGGAGCAGUGCCUACAGUUAGCGCCACACCCCCAGAGAAUGUCAACGACGUCAGCUGCAAAAUAUCAAUACGUUAAAAAAAAAAAAAAAAAGGAGAAUUCUGUGCGUUGUAAAUUCGAGAUGAAACUGAGAAACUAACACGAGAAUCCCACGAACUUCCGAACACGUCGGACGAGUCUAAACUCCGAUUCCUCUUCGUUUUCUUCGUUAAUUCCGUUUUGUGCAGCUCCGCUCUCGCGUCGACAAACCGCGACCGUGAAAACUUCUUAAAAUGUGACGUUCUUUCUCCCCUUUACGACUCCACUCUCUCUCCGUUAUGUGACUGUUACUAAUCUAUGUUCAGAGAAAAGUCUUUAGGUAUAACUGUUCUACCUCAGCAAGCUCGAGCGUCCGGCCGUGGACCAGCCGGCUCCGCGGGCCGGCGAGGGCGUGCGCGCGCGGGUUCGAGGCUGGCGAAUGUCCGCGUCUGUGGUAGGGGCGAGCAGUGCCUGUUUCGUCAUCCUGUGCCUGUACGAAGCUUCUCUGGGAGCCGGCGGUUCUCGCUCCGGCUCCUCGGCGGCGGCGGGAUCUACGGACUCAUCGUGAAGUCUGGCGUUCCUCCUGCCGUUCUCCUGUAAUUAACUUAUUGCCAUCUUGCCAACUGUGUUUCGUGGUGGAGUCUUUUUGUUUUUGCCGUUGGGGUGACCCGGGGUUUGGGCACACGGACUUGGGAAGUUUUUUUCAUAGACCAGUGGAGGAACAGACACUUCUUAAAGGUUGUCAGUUUACCCGAUAAGUGGCCUUUAUUGUGUCAAAUUUUAUACUUUCAAAAUAAAUGUGAUAUAUUUGUUUGAUGCAA